AAUGAAGUGGAAACUCAAAUUCAAAUGAAAUUGAAGAUGAAAUGAAUGACUCGACUCAACCAGAAAGAAAAGGCUAUAAAUACACAUCUAGCAACAUACACACAGCUUAUGCCAAACCCAAACCAGGUUCUACCUUCUAAGAGAGGGUAUAAGUGGUAAUUCAUUCCAAAACGCAAUGGAAUUUUACUUACUACUACUACUAUAAUCUCUGCUUAAUUAAUUUGUCUUCACUUUGCUACCACCGUCGCUAAAUACAAUGGCGAAGGGUCGCAAAUUCACCGCCAACAGAAACGAGCGUUUGUUGGGAACAAUCUAUUCGCAAAACUCCACCGCCACUCACGAAGUAACCGAUUUCAGGGAAGAGGAAGUGUGGUCCAUCGUGGAAGAUCGUGAUCGUGACCGCGACCGCGAGGUGAAUUUCACUCCCGACGAGUGGGAUUCACGUCCAAUUUCUCGGCGUCGGAACAGAGAUCAGGACCACCGUAACCUUGGCGGUUUGUCUCAGGCGUUUGAGAAUCCAGGGAGUAAUGUCGCGACGACGUCGUCCAGGAUCGUGCACAACCAGUACCGUGCGUCGCAUAGGGCGGUGGCCACGUCAGCGCCGGUGAACGUGCCUGAUUGGAGCAAGAUACUACGUGUCGAUUCGGUGGAAUCGUUGCAUGAUGUGGAUGAAGGUUUUGAUGAUAACGAUUCAGAGAUGGUUCCGCCGCACGAGUAUUUGGCGCGUGGCCGGAAAAUGGCGGCAAAUUCUGUUUUCGAAGGGGUGGGUCGGACCUUAAAGGGACGUGACUUGAGACGGGUUCGUGAUGCGGUUUGGAACCAAACCGGGUUCGAUGGCUGAGUUGGACCGGGUUUAUUCGUCCCUAUUGAUUCUCAGCUAAUCCUGAUUUAAGAGUGGUGGUAAAUUUUAAAAUUUUGGGGGAAAAAAAAUAGUUUCAUUUUUUGGGUUAUUAAAAUUGGAUUGGAUGGGUGGUUUUUUAGGGCAAUGAUUGGGUUUUUAGUGAUCCUAAUUAAGUAAGCUAAGCAUAUGUUUGAACUUUUAGAAUUUGGAUGAAGUUGGUCUAGAGUAUGAACAAUGAAAUCCUGUUUUUGGACAAUUUUAUAUCCCAGUUAUUUCAUCAAGAAGGAAAUAGAAUAUGAUUUGAUGGAAACUAAAAAAUGGCAUGAAAAAACAAUUUGGAUGUCACUUUGUUUAA